AUGGGCGCCGUCUGCUAUCUGCCUCUCGGGCUGUGCACCUUGAUGUUGGUUGCCUUGACGCGAUCGUCUUUUAGGCAGGCGCACAAGGUCACCUCGGUUGGCAACGGUUGGGUCGGUGUUGUGGUGCAGGACAAGAGUCUGUCGUCGAUAGCGAUCCGCCCCCGCAAAACAGAUCUUGGCAACAGCGGCGCUCUUUCCACGGCAGCCGAACCAGAUUUCGACAAUCACGAUCUCGUCUUGAUUUCAUCUCCGCAACCCCUUCUCCAGCGAGAUCACCAACUGCAUCAUCUCCAGUCGUCCAGUUCUGCGCACCUGGUACCUUGGUUCGGCGCGCAUGACGAGCUAUCAAUGAAGUCUUGGUUCUGCAGCGACUGCUUGCUCCGCGCCUAUUCCUAG